UCUCUUUGGAGACCCGAGAUACCCAUGCGUUCUCGUUCGGCCUCACGUUUUCUUUCCUGUUCCCGGAUGCGCCUCUUUACAGCUCCUGAUGCACCAUGACCUCUUCCAAGCUGAAUGCGCUACCGGCGCUGAGGCGGCAGCACCUCCUCGUGGAGUUCGCCGGGCUAAAGCAAGCCUGUCCCGAAGGCGUGUUCGUGAGCCUCACGCCCGGCGACCCCAGCCUUUGGUCCGGCAUUCUGUUUGUUCGAGACGGCCCUUACGCCCCUGCGGUGUUGCGAUUCCAGAUCUCGUUCCCCGACUCGUACCCCCAACUACCACCGCUCAUCACCUUCUCGACCGACAUGUUCCAUCCCCUGAUCACCCCUCUGAGCACGUACAUGUAUUCGACCGACGUUCAGGACGACGGCACCGUGAGCGCAACCGAUGCAGAGCUGUUACCUCCUGGCGGAUUUAGCCUUAGGCACGGGUUUCCCAACUGGUUCAGGAGACAGAGCCGGAACACCGCCAGUGUCGCGCAACAAGGUAGACAGCAGGACGGGUUGCAGACCCCCCAUCGGCCCCCUCCUCCCUCUAUGAGCAGCGCAAGUACGCCUGGCUCGAAAGGCUCCGCUGUCGGAUCAUCCCCCGGGUUUGCCCAGACCAGCCGAAAGGAUACAUCCACAUACGAAGUUCUCUGGUACAUACAGAGCGCCUUCGGCGACGAGGAUGUGCUAGAUUCCAUCCCCCUCGAAGCUUCCGGUAACCCCGGCGCCUGGCACGCUUGGCGCGCCCAUCGCGUCGAAGGCGGGAAAGUGUUCUGCGACAACCCCCCGGCCAGCACCGGUGCGAUAGGAGCAGGUCCUAGCGGUGCCACGGCCUCCGAUUCCGUGAGAAAACCCGGAGACUGGAAUUGGGAAGGCGUGUGGGAAGAGAGAGUCAAGAAAGCAGUCUCCGCGAGCUUAUCUGAGCCUGUCUUGUUCGGUGGAGUGGGCGCCGCCGACGAUGUUAUUCGCUUUCUGAAUAUGGAGGAAAAUGACGUGGAUACCGUCAAGGACAAUCUCUUGCGAACCUUGAGUGACAGCUCCUGACGGUAGUCUUAGCGUCGGCGUGUGUGUGCGUGUCGCGCAUGAAGAAUGGAAACCGCGGCUUUUCUUGGUCUUCUUCAGAAGAGAGAUGAUAUACCCAAACGGCAUUGCAAUCUAAUUUACUCCUGACCUUUAACGCAUACCUCGAGGGCAUCAGGCAUAUUACAUCUUUUGUAAUCGCACUCUUCUUCCUUGCUCUUAUCAGCACGAAUACGAAAAUUCGAUAUCUACCCUACGGUUGCAAUCGACGGAACUA